UUACGUUGAUAAUUUUCAGUUUUAAAUGGAAAUGUAACUCUUACUGCUAAAUAAUAAUGCUACAAUUGUAAGUUAUCAUGGGAUGUGAUAAAAUUCCUGACUUUGCGAAACUAAAACUUUCCAAGUUUAGAUGCAACUCACAAAUACAGUGUGCAAAUUAUUUUACUUCCUAAUUUCCGCCUCUGCGCACCGGCCCAGUUUGUAAAGGUCAACGUCACGCUUGACAUAACUAUAGACAUUUGUUUGUGCUAUGUAUGCGAUUACUUCAACUUCUUUUCAUCUCUUCCACCGAAACCUGGCUGCGAGAACAGCGAAUUUUGUUUCAUUAGUAACGGACCUUACAUUUACAGCCAGAGCGUUGUGGGAUAAACACCAUUCAACUGAAAAGAUUGACUCGCUUGUGUGACAAACAUUGACACAUGGAAGCAGUUCAAGUUCUUGGCAUUCUUCUUGUCUUGUGCAUUAAUUUGGCUCAUUGUGGGAAUAACUUAACACAACUGGACACUAAUUCAAACUGCGUGCAAGCACUACCUCCAGUAAACGCCUCUGCAAGGAAUGCUUCCUGCAUAUAUUACAGCUACAAUAAAGGAAGUUUCUGCAAGGAUAUAAUUACUAGUUUAUACGUGUUUGGGGAUAGUGGUACUUUGAGUUACGGUGAAUAUUGGACCUCCACAUUUGAAAGUUACUUAAGCAUCCUUGAAAUAACGGAUGAGUGCAAACCACUUAUGAGAGAUUUGUAUUGUCGUUAUCAUUACCCGCCGUGCGAUAUUUCAACGGACAAGCCUAGUGCUCGUAAGAUUUGUCGCAGAACAUACGAUUAUAUGGAUAAAGAGUUGUGUAAGAAAGAAAUGAUUUUAAUCAGAGAUGCAGCAAAGACCGCCCCAGUUUUCGACCAAGACAUAAUCAACGGUAGCUUUUAUGACGUUGCUAAUGGUGGAGAUGCUCCUGAAUGCUACCAAUACUAUCCAAUAUCAGGUGAUGAUACAAGAAGCACAGAUUGUUUCUAUGGCAUUGGUGUUGGGUACCGUGGCAAUGUAAACAUCACCCGAUCUGGUCGCACCUGUCAGGCGUGGAACUCACAAUGUCCUCAUCGUCAUUGGCGUAUUCCUCAAGAUGUCACAAAUAAACAUAAUGACUUCAACAUGUGUCGUAAUCCAGAUAGCAGUGCCCCAGAUGGACCUUGGUGUUAUACCACUGACCCUAAAGUUCGAUGGGAAUAUUGCAACGUAACUAAAUGUCCUCCAAGAGUUCCUGAAGAGGCCCCUACGUUCAUAACAGGUUAUCCUCUUAAUUCCACUACAAUUCACAUUUCCUGGAAUGGCUUGCCUCCAUCCCGCCACAAAGAACAACUGCUGGGCUAUCGAGUGAGAUACAGACGCCUUGGCUCUCCGCUGUAUGAAGAAGCAAAUACUGCAAGCAACAUGACAGAGAUUGUUGUUCUCAAUCUUGUUGCACAGACGAAAUACGAGAUUGAAAUAAACGGAUUUAACGAAAUUGGACAUGAGCCAACGAGCAAGAUCGUUGUCAUAAAAACUUUGUCAUAUGGUGAAGUAAGUAUUGAUGUAAAUCUGCAGUUGGUAAUCGAUGCAGAUUUCAGUAGUGAUCUUUUGGAUCGUAGCAGCAGCAACGUCGUGGCGAUGGAAAAAAACAUCAAGACUUCGAUAAAGCACCAUUUUAAUAAAUCCACAGUCGUAAAGAUAUAUGACGUGGAAAUUCUGCGGUUCAGUCAUGGAAGCGUGAAAGCAGACGUCAGGGUCGUCGCCACCAUGAAUACAAACACGACCAAAAAAGGUGAAGCCAUUGAGCAGUUAAUCGAUGGACUGGAUUCUUCAAUAGGGAAAAGACUUGAUGUUACUGCCAUCGUAGUUCUUGAAAAACCGCCGCCUCCUAAAGGCUUGACAGUGACCAAUGUACAGACUCGGUACAUCGUGCUUGCCUGGGAUCAACCAAAGCAUGGCAGCUUUUACCAGAUACACAAUUAUACUAUCAUGAAAGAAAAACAUCAGCCUCCGAGAACUUCGCAAUAGUGAAGACGCUGCCGUACGAUCA